AUGGCGGAGAAGUAUAUCACGUAUUCUUUGCGCCGUCAGAUUGGGGAUUGGAAAGCGGAGUGGUUUUAUAUCGAUAACCAUGCUCCUGCUCUUCCGGAGAGGACUCCUGGACCUCCGAAGCCACGUCAUGAAUGUCCUGGUCCUGCGCCUAAGAAGAGGCGAGUGGUCGAGGAGAGGGCUCCUGUUGCUACCACUCGUUCUGAUAUGGCAGAGUCUUCGAGAAGGGCUGGUGGGGCGGGAUCGCAGCCUUCAGAGGAGGAAAUGGCCAAUCGGUCAUAUCUGAAGUCUCAGAAGCUGAAAGUGACUGAGACAGGUCGCCAGAAUGUCGCUCUGCUGGAGGCAGAAAAUGCUGCUUUGAAGAAGGAUAAAGCCGCGCUCGAGCAGAGGGUCAGGAUGCUAAAGGAUGUGAUCCAGAAGAACCGAGGCAGUACUGAGGAGCACCAGAAGGAGUUGCAAGAACUUCAGGUGGCAGCUCGCACUGUGGUUGAGUUUGUAGAUUCCGCCGAUGAGUCUGAUGGCAAUUUGGCUAAUCGGCUGUAG